CGCACGCAAAUCCAUCGACCGUCAACCGUCAAAUCCAUCGACUCGAGCGGAGCCUCCGACGACUCUUUUACUUCUUAUCCAUUCACUUCGCUACUUGAGCCGUCGCCUUGGUCGAUUAUGUCUCCUUCUUGCGCCUCCUAACCAGCCUUCUUUUCAUCCGAGCUAGCCUCAGAAUCCACUCGUUUCUUACUCUCCUCGACUUUUCUCCAACCACUUUGUCGACCCUUCUCAACUCGAGCCUGAAAAUAUACACAUUAUUCUCGCGCGGAAAGGACUCGUCAAACCAUUCAAUCCUUGUUUUCUUUUAUACUAUCAACCGUCUGUCGCAAACCACCUUUGAAAUACACCCAUCGCCAAGCCACCUCCGACAACCACCCAACUUGGCUUGACUGAUCAUCUCAAGUGAUCGACACCUGCCAAUCCGGGGCUAUCGAUCAACCACAACCUCUUACUCGUCUCUCAUUACUGGAUAUCAACAUGGAGGGGCUUCAUUACUUCUCGUCCAGAGGUCUGGAUGGACCUGGAUAUGUCGUCGCGAGAGAUUUGAACGAAGUUAGUAUGGCGUACCAACUCGUUCCUCGAGACGGCAAGUGUAUCCAAUGCGAUGAAAGCACCGAACUCGAAUGCCCUAGCUGCCCCGAAGGCAGUGAAUGCCGAUUUACCGUACCUCUCGAGUGCCAGAAGUGCCCUACAUCGUUCUGCGACAAGAAGUCUGCAUCCGCAUCCAGCAAAGGCUCUGACGGCCCAAACAUCGGCGGUAUCGUUGGUGGUGUUGUCGGUGGUGUAGUCGUGAUUGUCGCCGUCACCUAUCUAGUAUGGAGGUUCUGUGUCAGACCCAAAAGGUCACAGAUUCCCACUUCCAUCUACGUUGAAGACGUGGAUGCUCCUCAAGGCUCAGAGAAGGAUGCUGCCUCAAGGGGAACCCGGCCACCUUCGACACACACCGUUCACUCGAUCGCUUCCACCGUCCUCACCCGAGCCUCCAACAUUAUUCAGAUCGCCUACAUUCCUGGCGUUACGAACCGAGCCACUCCUACGUCACCCAACGUUCUUGUCCCCCCUGUUCCUCCGAUCCCUAUGCACCACGCCGCUGCCGCCCGAGGCGAAGGAAACGACGACCAGCACUUCUUUGUCCCCGGCGACCUCCGAGACUCGACCUACUCGGGUCUCUCUGGCUACUCUGACCGAACUUCAUACGCCCGCACCUCAUACGCACCUCGAUCCAGUGUUGCUUCUACCAUCUACGGCAAGCAGGCCCAGGUGCUCACACCCGCCCAGACUGGAAUGCGCGCCAAGCCCACCGUUGUCAGUGUUAAGUCCGUUGGCAACAGCAGCCUCGAGAGCAAUGCUCCCCCAGUUCCCAGCAUCGACUUUGAGAAGUUCGGCGGAGGUCGUCCCAAGAGCGGUGCCAGUGCCUUCAGCGUGGGCUCGACAUUCCUCAACAGCGCCAACACUGCUACGCAGGCUCGUGCACAGGUGGUCAAGGUUGGAACACUAAAGAAGGUGGAUAUGGGAAGCAACAAGUCCGAGACUGGCUCAACAACAGCAUCAUCAUCAUUGGGAACCUCGCGACCCACAACACCAAGCGCGAACGCUACUCGGGACUCGAGUGCCAUCACCAUCAUCGAAGACUCUCCCUCAGUAGACCAAGGUCCCUUUUCAGACCCCCCCGACCGACCCAGUCCUCAAAAGUCCAACAAGGCGCCCAGCCUCGGAGCUGUGAUUGAGGAGUCGGCAGUCGAGAACGAGAAGCCUGGGUCAUCCCAAAGGCGAGACAGCAGUCCGUUCGGGGACCAGCACGCGACAAAGGAGUGAUUAUGGAAUUUCCUUGUCGUUAUAUAUCAGAGUAUUUUGUUCGAUGUCACGAAUCUAGCCUCGGGUUGGAUAGAGGAUAUAUCUUACAAUCUGCUUUUCUUCACUUCAAUGUCAAUUUUUUCUUGGAUAGACAAUUCCAGAUCGAUCUCACUUGGGAUAUAGCAACCCCCCUUUUUUUUGUGUUUACAAUUCAAAUAGCGGCGACGGUUCUUGGGUAUGGACUAUGGCGUCAUGGAAAGGGAGCCGCGGCAAAUGGCUCCGAGGAUGCCAGGAGGUUUUGGAGGUCUCUAUGUGUCUAUUGAAUAGAGAUGAUCUAUCACGUAC